CUACUCCUGCGAGGGAUGCAGGCCUCGCUUAGCAACGGAGGCCAGGCGCCGGUCUCUAAGGGGCGUGUCCUAGGCGCAGGCCGGCCAGACAGCCAGCCAACCAACCAGGAGGCCGGGCCCUUCGCGCAGGCGCGGUGGCGCACUUCCGGGCCCGGGAAGGGAACGUGUCCCUGGGCUGCGGGCAGGGGCCGGAAGCGGGCGGCAGGAGCGCGGCUGAUGGAGGCGCAGAACGGGAGCGGGGCGGCGGGCGAAGGCCCUUCCGCGGGAGCCGAGGCCCGUCCGGCGGCCACCCCGGAGGGCAUGGCGCUGGCCUACGCCAGCCUGGUGCUCAUGGCCCUCCUGCCCAUCUUCUUCGGCGCCCUGCGCUCCGUCUCCUGCGCCAAGGGCAAGAAUGCUUCAGACAUGCCAGAGACGAUUACCAGCAGAGAUGCUGCCCGCUUUCCUAUUGUUGCUAGUUGCACCCUCCUAGGCCUUUACCUCUUCUUCAAGAUUUUCUCUCAAGAAUAUAUCAACCUCCUCCUCUCCAUGUAUUUCUUUGUCCUGGGAAUCCUUGCCCUUUCCCACACCAUAAGCCCCGUGAUGAACAAAUUCUUCCCUGCCAAUUUCCCCAACAAACAGUAUCAGCUCCUCUUCACUCAGGGCUCUGGGGAAACAAAGGAAGAAGCUGUUAACGAUGACAACGGCGUGGUGGCUUUUGUUGCAGAGAUUGUGAACUAUGAGUUCGACACCAAGGACCUGGUCUGCCUGGCCAUGAGCAGCGUGGUGGGCGUCUGGUACCUGCUGCGGAAGCACUGGAUUGCCAACAACCUCUUUGGGCUGGCCUUCUCUCUCAACGGCGUGGAGCUGCUCCACUUGAACAACGUCAGCACCGGCUGCAUCCUGCUUGGUGGCCUUUUCGUCUACGACAUCUUUUGGGUCUUUGGCACCAACGUGAUGGUGACCGUCGCAAAGUCAUUUGAGGCUCCCAUCAAACUGGUUUUCCCUCAAGAUCUGCUAGAGAAAGGCUUGGAGGCUAACAACUUUGCCAUGCUCGGUCUGGGCGACAUUGUGAUCCCAGGAAUCUUCAUUGCUUUGCUGCUGCGCUUUGAUAUCAGCCUAAAGAAGAACACACACACAUACUUCUAUACCAGCUUUGUGGCUUACAUUUUCGGUCUCGGCCUCACUAUCUUCAUCAUGCACGUCUUUAAACACGCCCAGCCAGCCCUGCUGUACCUGGUCCCGGCCUGCAUCGGCUUCCCCCUCCUCGUGGCUCUGGUGAAGGGAGAAGUGGCAGAGAUGUUCAGCUACGAGGAGAACACCACCCCGAAGGAGGUGCCGCCAGAAGCCAAAGAAGGGAAGACUGAGCUGGACAAGAAGGAGAAGUGAUGCCGGAGUGCUCAGCCGGGCUGGGCACCGCCUGCCUCUCUCCCUCCCUCCCUCCACCCCUGUCCCAUCGCAAGUGAUUUUCGUUUUUUAAAAGGCAACUGGAUCAUGUUACGGCCAUGUGUGUUUUGUUUAUGUGCGCGUCUGUCCAAACCGUGGUUGGGAAGGAGGAGGAGGUGGCGUUGAUGGUGACAGCCUUUGCCAGAACCCCCUCUUUCCUUCCUUUCUCUCUUGGGGUGGGGAGCACAGGAGCAGUGGCGGUCGCACCCCCUCCGCCUCCCCAAACGCCUUGGUGUCCCCUUCCUCCUCCUCCUCCUCCUCCUCCUCCUCCUCCCCCAUUUUUAUUCAAUGUCUUGGUGGGAUGAAGGAAACCAGGAGGUGGCGGAACCUGGGAGGGUUGCAGGGGGGGCUGAUUUUUAAAUUUUGUAUCGUGGAUUUGCUUCUUCUCAUAUUAAAUGAAAACUGAUUAUUGAAAGACCA